UCUUCUGCGGAUUUUGCUGUUAUAUGCCUUCAAUACAAGCUUCCGAAAUUUUUUCUCUAUCCCAUUUCUUCCUUUCCAUCUCUCUCUUGUUCCAAACUACGUCGUUCUUGCAUUGUUAAUCUGAAUGCCGUUUUUUCUCUCUGGAUCUUUCUUUUAUCCUUGAUAUCUCUCUCGGCAUCACAGAUGGGAACUUUUAAUAUUGAGGAAGAUGUGAUGGUGUGAUAUCAUUGGACUCUGUUGACGGCACUGAAGUAAUUGCCAGGAUCUUAAGGAGAAAAGUGGCUUCUUUAGAUGUUAACUUCUGAUUGCAGCUUGUAGAGGCUGCACUUAAGCAUGUUGAUAAUUCUUUGGCUGAUUUUUAAUCAUUCGUACAUUGAGAAGUGGGCCUUUUAUGUGAUAUUGUAUUAUAUUCAGCAUAUACACACUGAUGGAUGUCUACAACCAAUUCAGAAACACUGUUUUGACAGUGUAGACACCUCUUUUUGGAGGUUCGUUGACUGAACGGAAUUUAGUACAUAAGUUGUUGUAAAAAUUACAAUGGAAAGAUAUAAAAGUUUGGAAGAGCUUGGAGAUGGAACUUGUGGAAGUGUAUAUAAGGCCAUUAACACAGAAACAUCUGAAAUUGUUGCAGUCAAGAAAAUGAAACGGAAGUUCUAUGACUGGGAAGAGUGCAUGAAUUUGCGAGAAGUUAAGUCACUCCGCAAGUUGAAUCAUCCCAAUAUUAUAAAGUUGAGGGAAAUUGUACGCGAAAAUAAUGAGCUGUUUUUUAUUUUUGAAUACAUGGAACAUAAUUUAUAUCAAAUAAUGAGAGAAAAACAAAGGCUUUUUUCUGAGGAAGAGAUUCGAGGUUUGAUGUCUCAGGUGCUUCAAGGACUUAGUUACAUGCAUAGAAAUGGAUAUUUUCAUCGUGAUUUAAAACCUGAAAAUUUGCUGGUGACAAGAGAUAUCAUCAAAAUCGCUGACUUUGGACUUGCUAGGGAAGUGUCAUCACUGCCUCCGUUUACAGAAUAUGUCUCUACUCGCUGGUACCGUGCACCAGAGGUUUUGUUGCAAUCCUCAUCCUACACUCCUGCCAUUGAUAUGUGGGCAGUUGGAGCAAUACUUGCUGAACUUUUUACUUUCUGCCCAAUCUUCCCCGGUGAAAGUGAAUUGGAUCAGCUGUACAAGAUAUGCUGUGUUCUUGGUAGACCUGAUUGGAGCAUUUUUCCAGAAGCAAGAAACAUUUCUCGUUUGGUUGACAUUAGUUAUUUUGAAAUUAUGCCAGCUAAUCUUUCUGACAUUGUCCCCAAUGCAAGCAUGGAAGCUAUUGAUUUAAUCAAGCAACUUUUUUCAUGGGACCCAGCAAAGAGGCCCAGUGCAGAUCAGUGUUUACAACACCCAUUUUUCCAUGUUGGUUCCUGGAUUCCUCGUCCACCUCCAGAUCCACUCCAACUAACCCUCAGCAACUUUGGAUCAACACCAAAUCUUGAGUUGAACCUCUGGGACUUUGGCUCUAAAAGGGAUGAUUGUUUUCUUGGAUUAAGUUUGGCACUUAAUCCCACUACUUCUAACAUUGAAAUGGUCCAUAAAAAUCAACGUAAGAAAGAGGAUAUGUUGUUCUGUUCUGGUUUUCAAGGGGACUCACAACAAUCAGUUUUUUGGUCACUGCUUCCUCCGGAUGAUCAUGGAAUCUCUGAUCCUGUGGAGUCUUCCUUAUCAUUAUCAUUCAGCACAAUUUCAAGUUCACCGAAUGGAGUUCCACAGUCAGCUGGAUUUGCCAUUGCCUCCUUGCAGUCUAACAUCCUAGACCAUCCGUUGCUUGCUCUGUCCUCUCCCUUCCAGCACGGACGCUGUCUUUGAGUGAUGGAAUUGGCUGUUGGUGAUCAAAUAAGAGAGAGAUUGUAGAGAAUAGCUGUAAUUAGCACAGUUAAGUGUUCAUAUAAGAUCUGUCCUAUAGCAACUAAACUGGGUGUAUUAGUUAAUGGGAAGAUUGCUUCUCAAAAUCCAAUCCUUGUAUUGAAGACGCUGAUCUGAAAAGUAUUCUUUUCUCCGGAGGAGGAUAGUCAUGUAGAUAACUAUGUCGAAGAAUUCCUCGAGUGGGGUAAAAAGAGGGGAACGAGAGAGGAUAGCAAAGUUGUCAGACUCAAAGAAAAGUAAUUAUUAGUCGCUUUGUUUGUACCUUGUAAGCUUAUACGAAUGUGUUUCUUGUCUUCUGAUGACUAAAAUGACCCCAAAUCUGCCUCGUCGGCCA